UGGUGUCAUUGUGUUGAUGUUUUUUUUUCAUGUUCAACUUGUUCUCUCGUGUUUUUAAGUGCAUUUUGUGCAAAUAAUAAUAAGAUAAGGUGAGUGAGUAAAAAGAGGGCGUCAACAAUGGCAGAGCCAUGAGAUCCAAGUAGAAGGAGAGGAGGAAUGAGGAAAAGCCGCCAUGAGGACGCUGCUGAUGUUGUGUCUCCUUCUUUCUUACACGCCUCAACUUUAUGGGUCCAACGUGUGCACGUCGCGAGGAGUCACCACAUGUCAGCAGUGUUUGACCGUUCACCCCAGCUGUGCAUGGUGCUCCCAGGAGACAUUUGGUGCGGGAGGGUCUAGCGUGUCUCGCUGUGACCUGAAGCAGAAUCUUCUGGAUGGAGGCUGCUCCGAGGCAGCUCUGGAGUCGCCUGACAGUACUUUGGUGGUCCUGAAGGACAAGCAGCUCAGUGACAAAGCCUCGGGGGCGGCGAACGACGUCACUCAGAUAACACCCCAGGAGAUCCGCAUGGUGCUCAGGCCAGGCGACUCCAAGAGGUUCACUGUAACCGUGAAGCAAGUGGAGGAUUACCCGGUGGACCUCUACUACCUGAUGGACCUUUCUUUUUCAAUGAAGGACGACUUAGCUCGCCUGCGUACUCUGGGAAGCAAGCUCGCAGAGACCAUGGGGAGGACCACCAGCAACCUACGCAUGGGCUUUGGAGCCUUUGUGGACAAGACCGUGUCCCCCUUCAUGUACUUGUCUCCACCGGAGGCCAUCGAGAACCCUUGCUUUGGGAUCCUCGAGGACUGUCAGGCCCAGUUCGGGUUCAAGCAUGUUCUGUCCCUCACGGAGACGGUGGCCCGCUUCACAGAGGAGGUGGAGAAGCAGCAGGUGUCCCGAAAUCGAGACGCCCCAGAGGGUGGAUUUGAUGCCGUCAUGCAGGCGGUGGUGUGCAAGGAGAAGAUCGGCUGGCGUCCGGAUGCCUCACACCUUCUGGUGUUCACCACCGACGCCAAAACCCACAUCGCCCUGGAUGGACGCAUCGCCGGCAUUGUGCAACCCAAUGACGGACAGUGUCACCUUGACAGUGACAACGCCUACAACAAAUCCACUGUGCUGGAUUAUCCCUCCUUGGCGCUUCUGACGGAGAAAAUGUCUGAGAACAACAUCAAUUUGAUUUUUGCCGUGACCGACUAUGUGGUGCCGCUGUAUAAGGAGUACAGUAAGCUCAUUCCAGGCACAACCGUGGGAAAGCUGUCCGGCGACUCUGGGAAUGUCAUUGAGCUCAUUGAGGAAGCAUAUGCAAAAAUCCGCUCUAAAGUGGAGCUGGAGCUUGUCGGAGUCCCCGAUGAGCUGAAUCUGUCCUUCAACGCAACGUGCCUGAACGACGAGGUCAUCCCUGGUCUCAGGUCUUGCUCCGGCCUCAAGAUCGGAGACACGGUGUCUUUCAGCGUGGAGGCUCAGUUGCGAGGCUGCCCGGAGGAGAGGACCCAGACGUUCACCAUCAAACCUCGAGGCUUCAAGGACUCCCUGCAGGUCAACGUGAUUUUCGCCUGCGUGUGCGACUGCCUGGCCGGCGCCGAGGUCAACAGCCCGUCAUGUAGCAACGGUAACGGCACCUACGAGUGCGGUGUGUGCCAGUGUCACCAGGGCCGCCUGGGCCCACGCUGCGAGUGCUCGCUGGAGGACUACAGCCCCUCUGAUGACGACAAGUGUGUCCCCAAGCCGGGGAGCCCCAUCUGCAACGGGCGGGGGGAUUGCCUGUGUGGACAGUGCUCGUGCCACGCCAAUGAGUUUGGACAAGUGUGGGGCAAACACUGCGAGUGUGACGACUUCAACUGCCUGAGAUUCAAAGGCGCCCUCUGCUCAGGUCAUGGCAAGUGCAGCUGCAGCUUCUGCCAGUGUGACGCCGGCUGGGUGGGCGAGAACUGCAACUGCAGCACGCGCAUUGACACAUGCAUGUCCAACAUCGGCCUGGUGUGCAGCGGCCGCGGUAACUGCGAGUGUGGCGUGUGCCAGUGCACGCAGCCCGGAGCCUAUGGCGCCACCUGCGAAAAAUGCCCCACCUGCCCCGACUCCUGCACUAUUAAGAAGGAGUGUGUCGAGUGUCAGCACUUCCAGAGAGGACAGUAUACGGACGACAACAGCUGCAAUCGAAUCUGCAGAGAUGAAAUAAACGUGGUGACUGAACUUGAGUUCCACUCGAAGAAUGCGGUGAACUGCUCGUACAAAGACGAAAACGACUGCGUGGUGCACUUCCAGUACUACGAAGACGAAAGUGGCAAAUCCAUCUUGUAUGUGAUAAAAGAGCCAGAAUGCCCUCAGGGCCCCGACAUCCUGGUGGUGCUCCCGGCCGUGGCCGGAGCCAUCCUGCUGCUGGGCCUGGUGGCUCUGCUCAUCUGGAAGCUGCUGGUCACCAUCCACGACCGCAGGGAAUACGACAAGUUUGAGAAGGAGAGAGCGAAAGCCAGGUGGAACACGGCCAACAACCCGCUGUACAAAGGAGCAACGUCCACCUUCACCAAUGUGGCGUACAAAGGCGCCGCCUCAAACUGAGCCUCAAGCGACCUCCUUAUGGCUGUAAAACCAACUCCAUUCUUGUUGUUAAAUCUACUUUUGUCAUGUCUGCUGUGAUGUCUGCUGUACACGCAUUAACGUUGCACUCAUUUGUUUACAAUUAUGUUUUUUUCUGUAUCUCAGCAUCACCCAUGUAGGUUUUCUGUAGCCUUUUUUGUUGAAAAAACCUGCUUUAGCACUUGUAAAUGCUUUUAAUAAAUAUACUUACUUUACUAAUUUAUUUAAAAUGAGCUCUGCAAAUACAAAUCAUCAAGGUUUAUUGUCCUGUUUGCUGUAAAUACGGUAUGAUGUUUUCUAUAGAUGCGGGUGGGAAAAUACUGUAAAUACAGUAUGAUGUUUUCUAUAAAUGUGGGUGGGAAAAUGUCAAUAAAUCUGGCA